AUGGCGGACGUCCUGAGUGUUUUGCGUCAAUAUAACAUACAAAAGAAGGAAAUUCAUGAAAAAGAUGAGCAAGUUAUUUUCGGAGAGUUCGCUUGGCCGAAAGCUGCUAAAACCAACUACCUAAUUUGGGGAACUGGCAAAGAUGGCAUCCCAAAAGAGUACUACACAUUGGAUUGUAUCCUCUUCUUGUUAAAGAAUGUCCACUUGGCUCAUCCCCUCUAUGUCAGGCAGGCUGCGGCGGCCAAUGUGCCUGUGGUACGUCGACCCGAUCGUAAAGAGUUGUUGGCCUGUCUCAAUGGAGAAACAACCACAUCAGCCAGUAUCGACAAGAGUGCUCCUCUGGAAAUAUCCUUACAAAGGCCGACACAAGUCAAAAGGACUGCAGAUGUGCCACAGGGCAGUGAGAUUGAAAAAUUCAAGAAACCAAGACUAGAAGAAGAAGUACUCAAAGACAAAGAAAGAUUAGCAGCCAAGCUAGAUGCACCAAAAGAAACCUCUGUGCUCCCCGACCAGAUCAAAUCUUCUUCACUCUCUGAGGCCAUGUCGAUUGAAAAAAUUGCCGCCAUCAAAGCCAAACGUCUGGCCAAGAAACGUUCUAUGAUCAAGGCAGACGACGUGGAGUUGGGCUCCGGUAUGGUUGAACAGAGAAGUUUUGUGGAUGCUGAGGUGGAUGUGACGCGUGAUAUUGUCAGUCGAGAAAGACAGUGGAGGACAAGAACAACUAUUCUUCAGAGUACAGGAAAGGUCUUUGCGAAAAAUGUGUUUGGGAUCAUGCAGGCGAUCAAAGCAAGAGAGGAGGGUAGUCACAAGCAACCUUCACAUCACCAUGGUCACCAUCAUAGUUCGUCUUCGUCAUCUCAUAAUCAAAACACAGCACCUCGGCCUGCACAAGCAGUGGCGUACAACAGAUACGAUCAGGAGAGAUUUAGUGGAAAAAAAGAAACGGAUGAUUUCAAAAUUGACACCAUGGGAACGUAUCACGGCAUGACUCUGAAGUCUCUGACGGAGGGUGCAUCUGCUCGGAAGGCACCGACACCACAGCCAGCUGCUCCUGCACCGACACCACGACCCAUCUCACACGCCAGACCGUCACCGGGACAGAAAAAAGUUUCAUUAUUGCAAGGCUCAGGAGAGUUACCACGCUCAAGGACUCCUAUUAUCAUCAUCCCGGCCGCUACCACGUCUCUCAUCACAAUGUAUAAUGCAAAAGAUAUAUUACAGGAUUACAGAUUUUUCAGCACAGAGGAAAAGAAGCAGCAAGGUGUGCGGCGUGAUAAUGAGGUGCUGAUCCAGCGACGGAAAGAUGCAGGAGGCCUCACAGUGCCAUACCGGAUCAUCGAUAACCCUUCAAAAUUAUCAAGAGAAGAUUGGGAUCGGGUGGUUGCAGUGUUUGUACAAGGUCCAGCAUGGCAGUUCAAGGGUUGGCCAUGGGAUGGAAAUCCAGUCGACAUAUUUGCAAAAAUAAAAGCAUACCAUUUAAAAUGGGCUGAUUUACCGUUAGAUAAUAAUGUGAAGAAAUGGGCCGUGACUGUGAUCAACUUGGAGCGACUCAAGAGACAUUUGGAUCGGGCAAAGUUGCAACAGAUUUGGGAGGAAUUAGACAAGCACAUGAUCAAGAACAAACCUCAUUUACGAUUCUGAGGAAGCUAUUAUCACAGAACUAUCCAACUGCCAGGGAAUAUAAAAGGACAGUACUGUGUUCAUAAAGAGGAUGUGCUGUAUGUGAUCACGAGAGGAACAGUCAUGUUUUGAUAGAGUGGACCGUUUUGUGUUAUGCAGCUACUAUGGAUAAGCAUAGGACAUAUUCAAGAUAUUUGACAUUUAGGAACCAUUCAACUACACUCGGUGUUAAAUGUUAAUGGUUUGUGUUUAGUGGAGUGAUGGGUUAUGCAGGAUCUUUUGGUGCCAGUAGUUUUCUGGAAAUGAAGUCUUGUUAUUGAAUUCCCAAUAUUUGAUUUUUGAGACCAGAAAAUGCUCGUUGUGCACUGUGUGCUAAAGUCUUUUAAAAUACAACAGAAUCUCACCAUUGAUGACACCCCUGGGACUAACAAAUACUAUCAUUAAUUGAGUGGUGUCGUAAACAAUUAAUUUGUUACCAAUGUAGUGGCCACAAUGGGGUGUCCUUAAAAGAGAGGUGUCUGUUGAGGGGAGGUUCCACUGUAGUAACCUAGCUAUUUUGUUUCAAGUCUGCAACUGGCCUGUUCAAAUUGUUUGGUUUGGGUGUUGGGGAUUUGAAUUCAACUGUGAAUCAGAAUUGCCAGAUGAGAAUUUUGAUGGAACCAGUUUACUUUUGAUUCAUAUUGAUCUGUAGCUUGUUUUUCUGUGCAUUUUAUGUACAUAUUUACCGCAAUAUUCACGAGUACCAUUAGUACAUUUUGUUGUGCUGUCAUUCUGAACAACCUUUUUUCGCUACUGGAGUUUCAUUUUGUAAGUACAGGUAAAGUAGUAUUUGAACCAUUUGCUUUGUAACGGUUGGCAAAAACAUUCAAAAAAAAUUUCAAUUCAGUUGUACAUAUGUGUAUUGUACAUGUAUACUGUGUAUGCAUAACUUAUAGUCGCUUCAGAGCUGUUAUAAACCACAUUAAGUUUGGAAGUCCUCGAUGAUACUUACAGCCUUGUGAAUUUGGGUAGAAUUAUUUGGGUGAGCCUGAGACCAGAGGGAUUUCAAUCAAAACCACCAACUGUUCCAGAGUCACUUGCAUGAUGUCUAUAUUGAAGUAUUUGAAAGGGGUAGGGGUGCCAAGACUAGGAUUGACAUGACUUGUACGGUAAAUAGUUAUGCAUUGUUCAACCCUUUGGUAAGAUGUGCAUCGUGUUGAAACGGCUACUAAAUUGUCAACUGUUUCGCUGUGUAAAUAAAUAUACAAGAGUAUAA